AUGGCGGCCCGUUUUCCAGCUUCUGCCUCAAUGCAGAGAAUGGCGAAUAAUCCACAACAAGCCUCUAUGUUUCAGCGAUCUCAAUUCCAACAGUCACCAUAUGGAAUGGCGGUGAGUUUCUGGUUUAUUGAUUACCUUAAUUCUUUGUUAGGUCAUUUGAAAUUAUGUCAAUUGAACACGCACGAGGGAUAUUUUCUUAGCACGAUCACAUUUGUAAAACAAAGUUUUACGGACUUAUUCCUAUAUAGACAAAAAUCUACUGUUGAUUUAAUUAAGCUUUCCAAAUGGAAUAGUACAAACCAUUUAAUUUCCCAAUUAGAAUUUCCAGUUUCCGCUUCUAAAAUAAAUAGUACAAUGGAACCCGCGACCAAGAACCUGCAAUUCCUAAGUUAGUCUAAACAGGUUCUUAAAAACUUACACUUAGGCUGCUAAGGUUCUAAAAUAUAGGAUUAUAUUUUCUAAGGAGAAAAAAUGGAUUUUAGAGCACUAGGAGUAUCUAUCGGUAUUCACCUCAUUCCUUAUCUAAAAUAAGCAUACUAAAUUAGUAUUUAUGUAAAAAUGACCAUAAGAAGAAGAACUGAUUACAACUUACCACAUGAAUUUGAAAUCCUCCUUCAGAACAAAACAUACAUGUAUUGUAAUGCCUUAUCUCAUUUUCCCAAGUUUUCAGGGUUUUUUUGUGUAGAUUUUAGAAAAUAAGAACCUGUUUCAAAUUUAAGGCUAAUCAGGUUCUUGUAUAUGUAGAGGAGGCCUAACUGGCAAAAGAGGCCCUCUAAGGAGGGCAAGGGUACAUAUGUCCCUAGUCUGAAUUUCAAAUUCGGCCAUUUCGCGUUUCACGUAGUAGGCCAUGUCCCUCUUGGUAUUUAACCCAUCAUUAUGUCGUUUGUCAUCUUUUUAUCCAGUCUUAUGUCGCUGUUUCAAGGCCAUUUUGCUUGUCGGAAUUUUACCCUUACAAGGCCUCACAAAUUUUGCCUUAGUCGCAGGUUUUAACUGUAAUAAGUGCCUAAUGUCUACUUUCCAAAUUUGCCAGUGUGAUAAUGAUUAUCUUGCAGGGGCUGUUAUGUUAAGCAAGCUUAAUGUAAUGUAACAAUCAUAAUUUUGACUUUUAAGGAUAUUAGCUUAGAAAAUUCUAGCAUUGUGAAAAAAUAACUUUGGAUGCACCAAAAAAAUGAGGAUCCCUAAUUUCUUUGAGGAGAUAGUGACUCAAAGUUUUCCUUGAUUAUGAGAUCAUUUACAUCCUGCAUCAACUCAUUUUGUCUGUAGUGACUAGGUGUUGGACAAAUAAUAUUAAAACAUUGUUUUUGCUAUACCAGCGUCCAGCUAACAGCUCAAGUGCUGCCAUGUCGAUGCGUGUACAGGGAACUUCAGGUAUGCAUGCUUAUGGCCCAAAUGUUCCAAGAGCAAGCCUGGUACCUGGAGCUGCAGCAGCAUUGGAGCAGGCGAGGCGACGACAGGAUGCCAAGAACAGAAGAAGGUAAAAACUUCAGCAAAAUUAGUUGGUGAAAAAUGAGCUCCAAAACAUAAUAAUAAUUCAAAAAAAUUAAUUUUAAAUGAGUUAAAUAAUUUCAUUUCCCAUUGUACUUUAUAGUGGUAUUAUGAGAAAAAUGUUUUUAAGGUUCCAUGUUGUUUUACAAUAAUGUGUAAGUAUAAUAUUAUAUUAACUUUAACGGCUCUUUGUUCUUUUAAGGAAGAAGAAAAUGUCAGACAAGAUCUUGCCACAAAGGGUGAGUAGUAUUUAACAAGUUAAAAAAAGUGUAUGUUAGAUGUAUCUAAUUUUGAUUUGUUCUGAUUAAGGGCAAGUGCUCAAAACAUCAGCUUUUCAAUAACUUACAGUAGUAAAUUGACUUAAAGGGGCUACACUGUAUGUCAUGCCAUUUGUUACCUUGUUUAAAAGCUAAAAUGUUUUUUUCAAUCAGUUGAAUUGCAAAAAUAACACUCUAGUUUUGUUAUUUAGGACUAUAUUUAGGCAUUGCAACUGUUUCUUGUCGUCUGUUGCAACAGAUGGUAAAGGUGGACGUUGAUUCAAAAUUGAAAAUGUUAGGCCAACUUAUUCAAGUUUUAAGGCUAUGCCUGCAAAAAUCACCAGGCCCCAAUUGUUCAAAAGCUGGAUAGUGCUAUCCACUGGAUAAAUCACUAGCCAAUGGAUAAGUAUUAGGGAAAUUAAUAAUAUUAUUGCACUAUGCGCUGGAUGGAGAUUUAUCUGCUGGAUAUCGCUAUCCACCUUUUUAACAACUGGGGCCAGAAGAAUUAUUAUGGUUAAGGCUUCCUGGUGAAAUUUGUUUGGUACCUUCCUCAUAUCAGUAACAAGGCCUUUUUUAUAUACAGAAAGUAAAGGCAUCGAGUAAUGACUUCAGCACAGAGUUGACUUAAAACAGCAAUACCCUCAUAAGCCCUAUAAAUCAACUUAGUUGAUAAAAACCUCUGUUGAUUAGAAGGCAAUUUAUUCUGGUCAAUGGAGCUUCGCAUCCUGAGAGCCCUGCUAAAGCCUGGUAUCUAAUAACAGACUGUUCAUCUUCUUAAGGAUUGGACAAUUUUUUAUUCGUAUUGUUAGAUUUUUGUCAUUGACAAGGUCACAAAUUACAUGUAGGUCUAAAUAUUGUUAUUUUAAGGUAAGAGACCUUGUACCUGAGUCCCAAGCUUACAUGGACCUGCUAGCAUUUGAAAGGAAGCUCGAUGCUACAAUAAUGCGUAAGAGAUUAGACAUUCAAGAAGCUUUGAAAAGACCAAUGAAGGUAGGAUGAUUAUUUAUUUUAAAACAAUUUAGUGAUAACUUAUAUGCCUAGUGGUUCUUCAUCGUCCAUUAUUCCUGAUCAAAUUUGAAUUUUCGAAAGUUGGUGUUUGUGGAGACGGGAAAACUGGAGAACCUGGAGAAAAAGGUCUCAGGGCAAAGAAGAGAACCUACCACAAACUUAACCCACAUAAGGUAUUGGCUCUGGCCCUGGAAUCCAUCAGAACAUUUUUUAGCAUAUGAUUGUGCCAACAACUCUCCUGGAUUAUCUGGGAAUCUCUCAGAUAUGACACCAAUCUCCUGAUCUCCCAUACGGGUCACCAAAUCUCCUGGAUAAAAUCGAGUUAUGAGCUUUUCUGAGUGUGCUUUAAUUUGGAAUUUAUCCUAUUUUCUCUGAAAAUUCAAAUUUUCUUUGAUUCACAGUUCAGUUUCUGGGGCAUUUUUGUACAUAUUUCACCACUGACAAAGAUGAAUUUGCCAUUACAAUCAUAAAAGCGAAUUGUGAUGGUCUGUUCCUAGUGUAAGACUUCAUGUAAUGUCCUAAGCCAUUCCCAUGUGAUAAAUCAGGGACUGGAUCGAAUUGUGUUUAUCAGGUGGUCGGAGUCGUAACCUGAGAUCAGGCUCUAUUUUCGUUUCGCUUUGAAAAUUACAUUCCGGCGGGCAAGGCGAAACGAAAAGCAAGCCUGAUACAAACCUUUAACAGAAUGUCUGCCGCCCACUUUUUUGAUUGAUUGACAUUUGCCGAAUCAGCCAAUCAGAAUUACUUCCAUUGCUUGUUUUUCUAGUAUGCAAAUUUUUCACGCGUGGGAAAAAUGCAGACUGGCUGACUUAAAAAAUAGCUUUUAUCUGUUAAUUUUUUCAGCUUAAAAUAAAACAGUCAGCACAAUCACAUUUAACUUCUUGCGAGAUUAAGGGAGAUCUCGAAGGUUACUUCUGUUGGCGUAGAAGGUAAAAAGUUUUCGAAAAGACGGCGACACGAUGUUCUACUAGUUUUAUUAUUUUGGCUAGGUGCUCUGGAAUUUAAAAUACUGAAAUCUCUAUUUUUCCGUUGUCUUGAUAUUUUCCUUGGCAAUUUCCCCCGAUUUUCAGUACAUAAAUAUUUAAAAACAAAAGCAAACAGCCAACGAGCGAAGACACCAGUUUUCUUGGUUUACUUUUAUCAAAAAGUGUAGUCAAACAACCAGUCUGUGAACCCUGAAAAUUCCUUGAACAGCGAUGCGAUAUUUUUCGUCUAAUACUUCACAGUUGGCGAUUGAGGUUUCUUUCGCAGUGAGCCUCCGCUUGGGUACCCCGUUCAGAGAAGUCAUUCCCGGCUAAACUUUCAAAUGAAACCAGUUUUAAGAUGGGCAGUAUUUUGAUUUGCACCCGUUUGUUGGUAAAUCGAAGUGCACCUUGUUACCGGUCAACAACUUGCAGAGGGAUUCAACUCUGCUAUACACUCACUUUCCGUAAAUAAAGCAAAUCCUGAGAAGAUAUGAACAACUACAUGAAUUUUCUGAAUUUCCAUUGCACAUAUUAAGGCAUAUUUUCAUACCAUAAGACCAUAAAACAAAAAAGACAGCAAAAUUGAUCCUUCUCUCCGCCGACGACAGAUCAUUCACGAAAACAACCACGCGAGGAUUUUUUCCCUUUCGCUUCCGGCGUUUCCGACGGCCAAUCAGAUCUUGUGUUAUUGUCUAACAGCCAAUCAGCAUUACGGCCAAAAUCUGGCCGUAACGAGCACAAACUUGUAAUAGUUUGUAUCAGGCCCAAUUUCAGCGGUAGCCGUUAGAGAGAAUGUAUGAGAACCGCUCAAAUUGGGCCUGAUCUCAGGUUAUCGGAGUCGGGGUUGGGGGGUUGGCCGUUGCUAUGCGGGAGGGUAAUGCAAAAAGGACAGUCUUCUGUCUACAUUUCCAGAGGUUCGCAUCUCUUUAUAAGAGGAGUCAGAGCUCUUGCCACUGUUCCUUCCUUUUCCCCCGUCCUCUUGCUACCCUUGCUGAUCCCCUGUAUAGACUGUCAUUGUGUGCUACCACAUUGUUACUCAAAAAGAAGCUGUGUCCUGUAAUGUCUCCAUCUAAGCAUACGUGAAGUGGUGCCUUUCAUACAUGUGGCAUCCAUUUCCACGUGUGUGUGUCUGUGUGUGGGGAGGGCAGCGUCAAUUGACUAGAACUUACACGUAAAUUUAUACAUUUAUCAUACCAUAUAUUUUAUUUACAGCAAAAGAAGAAGCUUAGAAUUUACCUGACAACUAACUUUUAUGUGCCAAGACCAGAAAAUGAAGUAAGUUACUAGAUCUAAUAGUUUUUGCAAAGGUUGAAGCAAUAUUGUAUGAAUAUUAUAAGCCUUAAAGAAAGCAUAACUGUGUACAUGUUGUAAGACUGUAACUAUAAUUAUGUUAUAGUGAUUGAGGUAAUAAUUUAUUUUCUUUAUCAUAAAGCUACUCUUUUUAAUCAAACUUGUACCAUAAAUAGCUUUGCGUUGUUUUCAGGAUGAAGAGAACAUUGUCCCUUCAUGGGAAUUGAGAGUUGAAGGUCGACUUUUAGAGGAGGUAAUGUUCAUGGCAAUUACCGUCAGGAUGCUUUUACUUUACACAGUACUUUUUAGUUUAACAACAACCCAUACAGAUAUAAUACGUGGCAGUCCUAAAAAUUCUGAUGUUUAUGUAAAAGAAUUCAUACAUGAAUCAAUAACAAGUUUUGAUUGACUUGUUUUACUUGUGUAAACAGGCCUGAGUGUGGAUGAAUGUGUCUUUUAAAAAGAUAUAAGGUGAAAUCUGUGUUGGCUUGAAAGGUGUACCUGCUCAGAACUUCAUUGUGCAACCACCUCAAGUGAAAAACUGUGUAAAUCCAAACCAACUCCUAGGCAUUAAGCACGAUAGCUCUUUUGACACUUCUUGCACGUGAUCACUUCCUCCCUUUUAAGCAAGCACAAAAUCAUGCCAUUUCAGUUGCCACUUACUGUAUUUGUUUUUCAUACAUUUUUGCAUUUGUUGCUCUUGGUAAUGACAGGCUUAGGGUGAAAUGGAUUUUUGGAGCACAUUUAUUUUUCAAACAUGGACCUGCUAGCAUUUGAAAGGAAGCUCGAUGCUACAAUAAUGCGUAAGAGAUUAGACAUUCAAGAAGCUUUGAAAAGACCAAUGAAGGUAGGAUGAUUAUUUAUUUUAAAACAAUUUAGUGAUAACUUAUAUGCCUAGUGGUUCUUCAUCGUCCAUUAUUCCUGAUCAAAUUUGAAUUUUCGAAAGUUGGUGUUUGUGGAGACGGGAAAACUGGAGAACCUGGAGAAAAAGGUCUCAGGGCAAAGAAGAGAACCUACCACAAACUUAACCCACAUAAGGUAUUGGCUCUGGCCCUGGAAUCCAUCAGAACAUUUUUUAGCAUAUGAUUGUGCCAACAACUCUCCUGGAUUAUCUGGGAAUCUCUCAGAUAUGACACCAAUCUCCUGAUCUCCCAUACGGGUCACCAAAUCUCCUGGAUAAAAUCGAGUUAUGAGCUUUUCUGAGUGUGCUUUAAUUUGGAAUUUAUCCUAUUUUCUCUGAAAAUUCAAAUUUUCUUUGAUUCACAGUUCAGUUUCUGGGGCAUUUUUGUACAUAUUUCACCACUGACAAAGAUGAAUUUGCCAUUACAAUCAUAAAAGCGAAUUGUGAUGGUCUGUUCCUAGUGUAAGACUUCAUGUAAUGUCCUAAGCCAUUCCCAUGUGAUAAAUCAGGGACUGGAUCGAAUUGUGUUUAUCAGGUGGUCGGAGUCGUAACCUGAGAUCAGGCUCUAUUUUCGUUUCGCUUUGAAAAUUACAUUCCGGCGGGCAAGGCGAAACGAAAAGCAAGCCUGAUACAAACCUUUAACAGAAUGUCUGCCGCCCACUUUUUUGAUUGAUUGACAUUUGCCGAAUCAGCCAAUCAGAAUUACUUCCAUUGCUUGUUUUUCUAGUAUGCAAAUUUUUCACGCGUGGGAAAAAUGCAGACUGGCUGACUUAAAAAAUAGCUUUUAUCUGUUAAUUUUUUCAGCUUAAAAUAAAACAGUCAGCACAAUCACAUUUAACUUCUUGCGAGAUUAAGGGAGAUCUCGAAGGUUACUUCUGUUGGCGUAGAAGGUAAAAAGUUUUCGAAAAGACGGCGACACGAUGUUCUACUAGUUUUAUUAUUUUGGCUAGGUGCUCUGGAAUUUAAAAUACUGAAAUCUCUAUUUUUCCGUUGUCUUGAUAUUUUCCUUGGCAAUUUCCCCCGAUUUUCAGUACAUAAAUAUUUAAAAACAAAAGCAAACAGCCAACGAGCGAAGACACCAGUUUUCUUGGUUUACUUUUAUCAAAAAGUGUAGUCAAACAACCAGUCUGUGAACCCUGAAAAUUCCUUGAACAGCGAUGCGAUAUUUUUCGUCUAAUACUUCACAGUUGGCGAUUGAGGUUUCUUUCGCAGUGAGCCUCCGCUUGGGUACCCCGUUCAGAGAAGUCAUUCCCGGCUAAACUUUCAAAUGAAACCAGUUUUAAGAUGGGCAGUAUUUUGAUUUGCACCCGUUUGUUGGUAAAUCGAAGUGCACCUUGUUACCGGUCAACAACUUGCAGAGGGAUUCAACUCUGCUAUACACUCACUUUCCGUAAAUAAAGCAAAUCCUGAGAAGAUAUGAACAACUACAUGAAUUUUCUGAAUUUCCAUUGCACAUAUUAAGGCAUAUUUUCAUACCAUAAGACCAUAAAACAAAAAAGACAGCAAAAUUGAUCCUUCUCUCCGCCGACGACAGAUCAUUCACGAAAACAACCACGCGAGGAUUUUUUCCCUUUCGCUUCCGGCGUUUCCGACGGCCAAUCAGAUCUUGUGUUAUUGUCUAACAGCCAAUCAGCAUUACGGCCAAAAUCUGGCCGUAACGAGCACAAACUUGUAAUAGUUUGUAUCAGGCCCAAUUUCAGCGGUAGCCGUUAGAGAGAAUGUAUGAGAACCGCUCAAAUUGGGCCUGAUCUCAGGUUAUCGGAGUCGGGGUUGGGGGGUUGGCCGUUGCUAUGCGGGAGGGUAAUGCAAAAAGGACAGUCUUCUGUCUACAUUUCCAGAGGUUCGCAUCUCUUUAUAAGAGGAGUCAGAGCUCUUGCCACUGUUCCUUCCUUUUCCCCCGUCCUCUUGCUACCCUUGCUGAUCCCCUGUAUAGACUGUCAUUGUGUGCUACCACAUUGUUACUCAAAAAGAAGCUGUGUCCUGUAAUGUCUCCAUCUAAGCAUACGUGAAGUGGUGCCUUUCAUACAUGUGGCAUCCAUUUCCACGUGUGUGUGUCUGUGUGUGGGGAGGGCAGCGUCAAUUGACUAGAACUUACACGUAAAUUUAUACAUUUAUCAUACCAUAUAUUUUAUUUACAGCAAAAGAAGAAGCUUAGAAUUUACCUGACAACUAACUUUUAUGUGCCAAGACCAGAAAAUGAAGUAAGUUACUAGAUCUAAUAGUUUUUGCAAAGGUUGAAGCAAUAUUGUAUGAAUAUUAUAAGCCUUAAAGAAAGCAUAACUGUGUACAUGUUGUAAGACUGUAACUAUAAUUAUGUUAUAGUGAUUGAGGUAAUAAUUUAUUUUCUUUAUCAUAAAGCUACUCUUUUUAAUCAAACUUGUACCAUAAAUAGCUUUGCGUUGUUUUCAGGAUGAAGAGAACAUUGUCCCUUCAUGGGAAUUGAGAGUUGAAGGUCGACUUUUAGAGGAGGUAAUGUUCAUGGCAAUUACCGUCAGGAUGCUUUUACUUUACACAGUACUUUUUAGUUUAACAACAACCCAUACAGAUAUAAUACGUGGCAGUCCUAAAAAUUCUGAUGUUUAUGUAAAAGAAUUCAUACAUGAAUCAAUAACAAGUUUUGAUUGACUUGUUUUACUUGUGUAAACAGGCCUGAGUGUGGAUGAAUGUGUCUUUUAAAAAGAUAUAAGGUGAAAUCUGUGUUGGCUUGAAAGGUGUACCUGCUCAGAACUUCAUUGUGCAACCACCUCAAGUGAAAAACUGUGUAAAUCCAAACCAACUCCUAGGCAUUAAGCACGAUAGCUCUUUUGACACUUCUUGCACGUGAUCACUUCCUCCCUUUUAAGCAAGCACAAAAUCAUGCCAUUUCAGUUGCCACUUACUGUAUUUGUUUUUCAUACAUUUUUGCAUUUGUUGCUCUUGGUAAUGACAGGCUUAGGGUGAAAUGGAUUUUUGGAGCACAUUUAUUUUUCACGUAUCAUUGUAUUGUGGUUAACAUGUCCUUAAGUUACUGAAAAUAUUAUUUCCUUUUUUCCAGACUCAAGCCCCCAAAACUGAUGGCCCAAGACAGAAGCGCAAGUUCUCUACUUAUUUCAAGAGUCUUGUUAUCGAGUUGGAUAGAGAGCUAUAUGGUCCAGAUAACCACCUUGUAGAGGUAUCAAGUGCUUUAAAAGAAGAAAUAUGCCAACAAUCAAAAUUGUCCAGGGACAAGUGUAAUUUAAAUGUAAAGGGUGCAAAGACCUCUUCUGGACAAAGAACAUUUGAAGGAGCUGCAUCCAAAGAUAAUGGAAUUGGCUGCCAAUGCAGAUUAAGAAAAUAACUGUUUUAUCUUGUUUUAAAAGAGAACUAUACAAUUAUUUAAGGAAAGAUGAUGUUGACAAUCACAGGUGUACAUUGUGAUUUUUUUUCAAUUUUUUUUUUAAUAUACUGUAUUUAAUUUUUGUUGAGUUGUCAGUUUUCUGUGUGCUGAGAAAACUUUUGAUUUUGUGUUCUUCUUUACAGUGGCAUAGAACAAGUUCCACUCAAGAGACAGAUGGCUUUCAGGUAUCCAUUUUUUCCCUUUUCUUCCAAAGCUGUGACUCCUGUUGUCAUUUGACAAUUUUGGUGUAAUGAGCAAAAGCUUUUCAGGUGCCACUUAUACCCAGUCAGUUGCCAGUUUAAUUUAUUGGUGUUGACCUUUAAGAAUUCAAAUGAAAUAAUAUUAUGACAUACAAUACUAGUACUUAUAUGUACUUAGUGCAUGGAGGGGUAUAAUAGUUAUCAUAUACACCUGUAGAAGCUAACUUCAGUUUCAGGAACAGUAGAAAAUCAGUGAACCAGUGGCUUGAAAUGCUUGUGUUAAAAGAAUUAAGACAAAGCAUUCAGUGUAAGUUUGUUGAAAUUGGCUAAACUACAGGUACUAACUAGUGCCCCUGUCCUUAAUAUUUUUUCUUAUGAUUUCAAGGUGAAAAGACCAGGAGAGGAGAAUGUGAAAUGUACAAUCAUGUUCUUGCUGGAUUAUCAGGUUGGUUCUUCACUUACCUGUCUUACCUGGUUGUGGAGGUGAAAAUGUUCCUCACCACUUCAAAUACAACUGUACAUGUAUCUUUAAUGGUUCUAAUCUAGUUGGAAGUGUUUAAUAUUGGAAGUAAUUUGUACAUGUUUGUGAUAGUCUUGUACAUAGGGAUGAUAAAGAAAGCAUUAAAAAUUGACCAAUUCUACUGUUUUUCCAUGUCAUAAAUAAAGUUACGGAGGGUUACAAGUAAUGUUUCUUUUCAGAAAGUGACCAUUUUAUUCAGACAGGUCAGAAAGGUUGUCAGCCAUUCAUCAUAUUUUCUUUCACCCUAUAAGCUCAAAUAUCCACAUACAAAUUUAGCCUGCAAGCAAGCUCUCCUAUCUGGGCGAGUGAAGCAAGGACGCGCGAGCGAGCGGCAAGGCCAAAUCCAAACCAGUCUUUGUUUGUCUUAUAAACAUUCUGCUUAUCUUUGGUUUGUUACCAUUUGAUAUUAGCCCCCUCAGUACAAACUGGAACCCAGGCUGGCGCGUCUCAUGGGUAUUCACACACAAACCAGACCAGUGAUUGUGAAUGCAAUAUGGCAAUACAUUAAGGUGAGAAAGUUGAAAAAAAAUAAUACAUAGGGCGACACAAACCAUGCGUGAAGCAGUUUCUUUAUGUUAAAGGUUGACAACCUGCUUCUCUUCGUUGAUAUGUCCCGUGCCCACUUUUUCAGAGUCACAAUUUGCAAGAUUCUCAUGAGAGAGAGUACAUAAACUGUGACAGAUACUUUCAGCAGGUAAGAAAAAACCUUGCUUACAGGAAAGUAAUAAUUAUUGUGCAAGUGGGGAAAAUUCCUUUUUGCAAUGCAAUGAGAAAAUUCUAAAAGUGAAUCCUUUUUCUUGAGAAAAGCUAAAAGUUGUGAUUUAUGAGAUGUGAUAGGGCCAAAAACGGUAAAGGAGGAAGGGGGUCUCCUUGUGUCCUUGUUGUGCAGGCUCAGUGCUCAGCCUUCGCAAGUUUAAAGGGAUUGUUAAAUUUGUUUCCCUUUCUUGAUCUUAGACUGGGAAUAAUCCCUGCAAAUUGAACACAAAGAUAAUUCAGUCUUUUAUGACAAAUGAAACCCAUUCAAGCAUAUUAAUAGUACCUUAAAAAUUCUCUUGAAAUUUCCUUGGCAUUGAUGUUGUGCCUGUUGAAAGUUUCAAUCUGCUUCGCUCGUAGUUAUUAUGGGAAACUGGUUACGAAAGCUGAUGAAAAAUUAAAGAUGAAUGCAGCGGUGCUGCAGUUUAUGUAGAGUAGGGAGCUUCCUGACCAUGCGAAAUCAUUUAUUUUUAGUUCUUACAUUGAAAAUAAUAGUAAUGUGACGUUUCAAAUUCUAUUGUUGAGUUAGUUCAAAAAUGAUAGGAAAGUUCAACAUUGUGCACUAUCAAGUAAUAAAAAGCUAACGAAAACAUUUAACAAAGUAAUCUGUCCGGCUUCAUUUUAUUGUCAAGUUUAUUGUUCUACUAGGUAACAUAGUUUUACUUACAUUUUACUUAGAUUUGUUUUUGAAAGAAUCAAUAGAACCUCAGUUUUAUCCACGUAACAUGUACCACCUCACAUGUGGUUAUUUUUGUGUUUAGAUCUUUGAAUGUAAUCGAAUGAAGUUCAGCGAAAUUCCUCAACGUUUAAGUGCCUUAUUGCUCCCACCCGACCCCAUUGUCAUUCAUCAUCUCAUAAGGUAAGGCCUUUAAAAAGCAAUGUUAAAGUUUAUUUUUAAACGUGCUAAGGAAAACAAACGGCUGCUCGCAGUGUAUGCCUGAGGCUCGUGAAAUAAAGGUUUCUUUUUUCAUGUACCUUCAUCUCUUUUCUGUCUCCCUGUUCAAUCUUUGCACUCGCCUCAGGGCCAAUUUAACAGUCAAAUUAGAAUCCCAAAUUUAUUUGGCAGCCGAAAUACAAGUCGGCAACCAUGAAAAAAACUGUUGCUCGGUAGCUUUCCUUAGCCUCGCACGCAGGCGUUUUUAGGGGAGCUCGUGUUUCGUCCCUACGAGCUCCCCUAAAAAGGCCUGUCUGGGAGGCUAUAGCUUUCCUUUGAAUAGACACACUUAGCGAUUGCAUCCACAGGCCCAAAAGUUAAAACCACCUUGCACAUCAUGAUAAGCAGCACCGCAGAAAAGUAGUACUGCUAAGUGGCGUUCAUGUGAAUGGUGACCCUUUGAUUCACUAUGCCUCCUUAAUUGACUUUAAGGGGAAAAAUAUUUUCGGGACCAUGACAUUUAAGCAGCUCAUAUUUGCUCAUAUGUGUUUCUGUAGCAAAGAGACGCCUGAAAACAAGAGAACAACUUGCUAUGACAUUGAAGUUGAAGUUGUAAGUAACCGUUAAAUUGCUGUGCAUGAUAACUAGCUUCGUUUUUCCAUUUUUUAUUAUUAUUAUUAUUAUUAUUAUUUUGACGAAACUGAGAAAAUAAAAACGUUUCUGACUUGAUUUCUUCGACUGGAAAGCAAAUAGUGGUCGCUGCCUGUUUUCGGCACAUGAGGCCGGAAUUGCACUAAGUCGAAUUCUUUUUAUCAGUAAUGCGGGGUAAAAGUUUGUCUUUUUGUCAGUACUGAAUGCGGUACGCAGGGCUGUGCUCUAGCAGAGCCCCGUGGCCGCUGGCGCCUAACUUUUGCCCUCGGGCGACUAGAAAAUCUUAGAUUUUUCAUACAAAUCAUAUGCUGGGCACUCUAGAUUUUACAGUUUCAAAGCACUGGGAUCCCUUCAAUUUUCCUUAGAGCACAGCCUUGGGUGCGUAUAGUUUGUCAGUAACUCGAUUUUUAAUGGUAUGUCGCGAAGCGGCCGCGCGAGCAACACAAGCUAAAACCAGAAGACUACGGAUUUGUGAUAGUCUUUGUUGCCUUGCAGUGUUUCGUCACUUAGAGAGACCCUCUAAGAACAUAAGAGCUUAACAAAUGUUAUUCCUUUUUUGCGUCGUAAACUAGAUAUAGAUAGAUGACAGAUGACUCUUUAAUUUACGGUCUCUUUUUUAUCUUACUGUAGGAUGAUACACUGAAGGCUCAAAUGCAGUCUUUCUUACUUUCCACCGCCAGCCAAAAUGAGAUCGCUGCUUUUGACAACAAGGUAAAUCUCAUAAAAAAAAUGUAACCCUGUGCUUUUUUGACUUGUAUAUCCCUUUUGUUGCAUUUAAAUACAUCCAGACAAAUUAUUUCAUCCAGGAGUUGUAAGCGUUUGGGUUAGUGUAAUCGUGAGAAAGUCUUCUCACAGUAGUUCAGAGUGAAACAAUUGGACUGCAAUGCGCCUUCGCGAGAGAGCUAUUUUCAGUUCAUUAUAAAAAGCAAUUUUGGCAUUGCGUUGGUUUUGCCUCACUAUAAUAUACAAUUGGCUAAAGACACGGCAAACCGGCAACAAAAAACGUGAAACUAACAUUACUUCAAAUCGAGUUGAAAAGCAAUGUUGAGCGUUUAGCCACGUAUGAACCAAACCUGUCUUGCAACAAAUCAGAUUGUUGCAGGAUUCGGAACGUUGUUACAGAAAGUGGAGAGUAGUUCUACGUGUUUGACCAAGAUGACUGAAUAUUCACCUCGUUUAUUUUGUUUGUUUUUGUUUUUGCGUUUUUUUUAAAGAACUUGGUCAGUAUCUGGCUAUCUUGACCUCACUCUUCGUCAAUAACGCAAAUAUAUUAGAAAUCACUUUUUGUUUGCUUUUGCAGAUAUACGAGACAGUAGAAACCAUUAAUCAACUGAAAAUCAACCGAGAGUUUUUUCUUGGUUUUGCAAGAGAUCCGCCGGUAAGAAAAUGGAAAUAUCAUGAGUUUGAAAUAUUAUUCUAACUCUGUGAUUCUAUAUCUUCCUCUUAUACAUGGUCAGAUUAAAUCUAAUAAUUUUCUUUUUCUCCCGUUUUCGUUUAGGAAUUUAUUAACCAGUGGAUUCAAUCUCAGAGCCAAGAUCUUAAGGUAUAUUUUACGCGUAUUGUCUUUUAUAGCGACACAUACUAAAUCAACCUUUUGUUUUUACCAGAUCUAUGUAAAAUUAUUACUUUAUACGAGAGUGUAUUUUUUAAAAUAUUUCGCGCUAUUUUCCCGACCAAUCAGCGGUAAAACCAACUCAACUAACACGUUUUCCGCUUCGAGUAGUUUGCUGUAUGUAUGAUUCUAGUUCUCAUUGGUCAGAGUAACUUUCCGAAACCAAUGACAUGUGACAUUCGUUUUCCCGCCUUUGACUCACGUUAUGCUUGAGUUCUGAUUGGUCAGUUAUUAUUGUCGUCUGUCUGUGCCUGUUUUGAUUGGACUUAGUAAUUACUUGGGUUUUGCAACAGCCAGUUAAUACCACUUUAAAUGAAUGUCUGUCUAGCGACGCAAACAUAAGUUUAAGCAUAAAGAUAAGAACCUAGAGGGUUGUCCAAUAAACUCAACUAGACUCUCGUCGUGCCCCUCAGUAAGCCUAACGCAAGCAUUAGCAAAAGCAUGGGUAUGAGAAGCUUUUGAGCUGGUGAGAACGGCCGUGGCAUAAACAUAAGCAAAAGCUAAAGAAGAACGCACGGUUUUGAUAUUCUUGUGUUCAGGAUUCUUACAGGAUUCUUACGGAUCAUGAAAAAACCUGGAAAGUCAUGAAAUUAAAAACUUUCAUUUUCCAGUCCUGGAAAGUCAUGCAAUUUAAUUGUUCGUCAUGUAAUGUCAUGGAAAAUUAAAGUUUUAUUUGGUAGAUCAGAUUUGGCAGAUGUCAAAGCAAGGACAAUACAAGAUCGACACAAGUAAUUAAUAGCGCGAACAGCAGGCGUUUUGGUGUACACCAGAGUUUGUGUCUGUUGAACUGUCAGUUAAGUCAAAAAAUAUCCUUAAACAAGGAAAGUCAUUGAAAAUUUUCGAAAGUAACAGCUAGACCUAAAGUCGUGGAAAUCUUGAAAAGGUCAUGGAGAGUCUGGCAAUUUGAAGUCCUUAAAAGAGUACAAACCCUAUGUUUACGCUUGUGUCAAUGCCGUCUUCAAUAGCGCAUAAGCCCUUUAUGCUCAUGCUUAUCUUUGCGUUGCCAGUGAGCUCACUGACUUUCAAAAGCAGACAAAACAAGAAAGCUUUCUAGUACCUAAGGGCGCUUUAAGUUAAAGGAAAUAAAAGUAAUAGAUCAAUAGCAUAUAAAGAUAUGUUCUGCCAAUUAUUGACGACUUGCAGUUCUUGUAUUUUUGGCGCCUGUGUUGGUUUUUGAGUUCAAUGCCUGUUUUUGUCUUAGGUCAUGACAGAUGUUGUUGGAAAUCCUGAGGAAGAGCGGCGAGCAGAUUUCUUUCAUCUUCCAUGGUCACAAGAAGCCGUUUGCCGCUACUUCUACGGCAAGGUAUUACCUCUGGUUUGGAAUUGUUAUCUCUUUAAGAAGUGGCUUAGGUCAAACUGAAAGAAAAGUUCUCAAUUUUAUUUCGCAAAUUUUUCAAGAAAUUACCAUUUCUGGAUUUUCUGGAAAGUUCUUGGUAUUUGAUGUUGACGGGUGAUUGUGUGUGCUAACAUGGCGGAUUAUUGGGUCACUCCCGGCCACCAUCAAGCUAGUGUGAACGCGACACUGUUAAGCGAGCGUAUGAGUGGUACACUGGCACUCUCGCGUUAGUUCGUAACGCAUUGAUCUAAUACUUAUGAUAGUGUGCUUACGCAACGGGACGGUAGAAAGAAGACGACGGCAAAACGCUUGUGUGUGACGAACGUGACAGGGCUAUUACUUGCGACUUUGCCGUGAUCCUCACUUAACAAUACUGUGUUACGGUCCUCUACAAAAAGAUCUGUUUAAAGGAAGGUCAAGUUUGGAGAAUAACUUUUUCAAGCAUAAUUGUUGUCACUAUUGUCACACAAGGUUUGCCGUCUUCUUUUCCCCGUCGUUUGGCUAAAUAUUUAACAUUUAGGGCGGAUUUCCACAGUCACGUAAUUUGGACGUGCGUACGCGCUUAAAUAAAAUAGAGGCGAUGUUUCAAAGGUCGCGCGAAAACGCCCAAGUUAAGCGAAGUUCGAUAAUGGAAUUCGCUUUAUAACUGGCCUGGGGCCCGUUUCUCGAAAGUCCCGGUAACUUUUCGGGCCCGAAAUCAAAUAUUCAAAUCAAAAUAUAGAGAAUAAGAGCGCGAAUCCUGGCUAGCAGACUACUCCAUUUUGUUUCACUAACUGAUAGUUUUAUCAUGCUAGAUGCAAAACUUUUGAAACCUCUAUCUUUAAUGUAAACGGAGAAAGCUUACCGGGCCCGUUAAUUAUCGGGACUUUCGAGAAACGGGCCUCAGGUCUGUUCAGCGAGUUCUUACUAAUGAUAAACGCAGACAAUCUGAAGGUGAUGUUACACGGAACAAUUCGCAACGACGAUUUUGAGCAUAACACAGCUUUGCAAUGUUUGAACAAUGCUGUAACCAUUUGAAACAAUAUCGCAACAAUGUUGCAACGCUGUGUUGCGCUAAAACUCGUUGCGAAUUGUCCCGUGUGACAUCACCAUUAAGAGUUCUGGCAAAACCCUUUAAUUGACUGUUAUAGCAUGAGCUUUAAAACAAGUGUUAUCGUUUUUGUCCUAGGUUCAACAAAAACGUGCUGAGUUAGAACAAGCCUUGGGUAUCAGGGGAACAUAACUCACAGAUAAGAGUUUGUUAUAUCUGGUAAAUUUUCACUUGCCGAUCACGUGCUCACGUGCGACGGCUGAUUUGUACCUUGUACCAGUAUAUAAGCUGCUGUCGUUUUCUGGAAACUGUC